AGUACACUAAAAGCUAAAGCUGUUCCUAUCUUUUGGAUGCCUAUCUCGAUGCUAGCGUCGAAAAUUUUCUGUCCCAUUUAGCGCGGGAAGGCUUAUUCAUCAGGACAGGGCAGCCCAUUCAGGACGGGGCGCAGCUAUUCAGUUGUGGGGAGUCCACGGCAUGCUUGAAUUGACAAUUGCGGGGCCGCCAAAUCCCGCAGGCUUGAAAGCCUCGCCUUUUAGUCCCAUGUUCCGCCCCAUUGCAAACACAUCCUCUUCCUCACAAAAUCCACCGACGGGAUCGACGGCAACAGAUCCAACCCAGCAACUUCCCACGCUCGCCUUUUCUCCCGUCUCCUCGGACACUGAAGUGUGUCCGCACCAGAAGCUUGGGAUGUCGUCAUCAAAGCCAUACCUCUCAUACCACGAUGUGCGCCUAUGGACCGAGGACAUCAAGGCGCUCAAGAAUGACUGGCUCACAGAUACGAGCAUCGCCUUCUGGGAAGAAUGGCUCGAGCGGGAGAUUUUGCCCAAGUAUCCGCAAGCCCGUAUCGUCCUCCUCCGGCCGGCAGUAACGCACCUCUUGCUGCAGACCACCAACCUUAAGGCGGAUGCCGAUGCGCUGCCCAAGUUCAACAGGGUCACGCACAUUUUCCUCCCGAUCAGCGAUAGCCGGGACCGCUGGAAUGCCGACAGCGGCUCGCAUUGGUCUCUCCUGCUCGUGUCCGUCAUCGACAGGGUCGCAUUCCACUACGACUCGCUAGGCGGUUCGAACUACGCGGCGGCGAAGAAGGGCGCGGAUCGGCUUGGCUACGUGCUCGGCAUCAACCUCCAGUUCCACCACCUGCAGGACUGCCCGCAGCAGGAGAACAGCAAGGACUGCGGCGUCUUCGUGUGCAUCUUGAUGCGGCACCUGCUGAUCAAGCGGCUGCUCAACGCCAGCUCGAACGAGAAGGUGUCCAUGUCCAUGGCGGGCAAGAUGAUCGACAGCCACGGGGGCCGCAAGGAGAUGCUCAAGAUCGUCGAGUCAUUGCGCAAGGAGGGCGAGCGGCGACGGAGCGCCAGCCCGUUUGCCGGGUCAUCAGACGAACCCCCGCGUAUCGACUAGUGCUGCUGGUUGUGCGUCGCAGGACGCGUUCUUUUUAUUUCCACUUUCAUGGCGUUUGGGAAUUUGGUCUAAAGGACCUUUUGGUAAGGCCCGGAAGAGAUAUGAAGAGUUUUGGGACUGCUAGAGUACUCCCGGCGCGGCGUUUGGUGUUUGAAGCAGCGGGGCGUUGGGCUGGGAUUCCGGACCCCCCUUUAGCCGGAUUUCGAAUAUGUUCACCGAGUCAUC